AUGUUUCAAGGGCAGCGUGGUUGGUUUUGCCGCAGCGUCAGCCAGGACCUGAAGCAGUUCUGGGUGGCCCAGGGAGGGAUGAUCAGCGACCCACAGGCCGCGGAGUUCUUGUUCAGCUGUGAUGCCUCGCACCCAGACACGCUGAGAAUAUAUCAGAGCCUUGAUUACAUAGAGGAUAAUGCUACAGUUUUUCAUGCCUACUAUCUCGCGGCAGUAGCCAAUGCUGAAACAAAAAACUCCGUGGUUUUAGGUCAUUUCAUUCUACCUCCUGAAUGCCUGCAAAAAGAAAUAAGAAGAAAAAUUGGUAGUUUUAUUUGGGAACAAGAUCAAUGUUUUCUGAAAAAAAAGAAUGUUGCAGUAACAUCAAAAGAAAUAAACCAACUUAAGAAAAGCAGUGAACUGGAAACAGAUCAUGGGAGAGGAUUAUCUGAAAGCACAGAAGAGGAUUUUAUAAGGACUCCAGCUGUGGAAAAGCAGAUGUACUUUCCUCUUCAAAAUUAUCCAGUGAACAACAUGGUAACAGGUUAUGUAUCAAUUGAGUCCAUGAAGAAAUUUCUUGGGGAGAUUCAUGACUUCAUUCCUGGAAGCUCAGGAUAUUUGGCUUACCAUGUUCAAGAUGAAAUUAACAUGUCUGAUAUUAAAAACAAGUUGAAGAAUAAAUAUUAA